CUACCACUGCUUACACACUAUCAGCAUCUAGCUAAGCUUGUUCUUACUGAAGCUCAUUCAGCAUGGGCGACUCCUCGUCCUCGGCGUCCUAUAUCAGAAUGGUGCACCAUCUGAUAGAGAAGUGCAUUUGCUUCAACCUGAACAAGGAGGAGUGCAUGGAUGCCCUAGAGAAGCAUGCCCGCGUCAACCCCGUCGUCACUUCAACGGUGUGGAAGGAGCUGGAGAAGGAGAACAAGGAGUUCUUUGAGACUUACAAGAAGGACCGCGAGGAGCGGAAAAUCGAGGCGGAGACGAUGCAGCGGAUCCAGAAGAUGCUCUCCGACGCGGCUGCCGCCAAGAGCUCCGACGAAGACGAGGGCUAGCUUAGCUAGCCAGCUGUUAUCUCGACCGGAUCAUGCGCACCGCCUCUCUAGCUAAUUAAUUGCUAUCACCAUGUCUUCGGUUAAUUUGGAUCCAUAUGAUUAGAGGAUCAAUUUGCUGCACCUAGCUAGCAUAACUACACCAGCUAGUUAGCUUAAAACCAUGCAUGUGGCACGAGAAGGGCUGGCAAGCAAGCAUUUUAGUGUCUUUGUACAUAUGAAUGCAUGGAAUAUUCAAGAGGACCUACCUA